AUGACGGACUCCACACAGCCAGACCCCACCGCCGUCCCGUACCCGGCUGUAGUUGUGGACCCCACGGCGGUGAACGGGCAGUGCGAGCAGGCGGACUCCCAGCAACAGCAACAGCAGCAGCAGCAGCAGCAGCAGCCCAACCCCGAAAGUCAGGGAGAGGGUUUCAAGAUGGACCAGGAGAUGAAGAUAACAGACAGCAUAGACGACCGAGGUCUUCUGGAGAGCAGCAUGCGCCUGAAGCCUCACGAAGCCCAGAGUUACCGCAAGAAAGCUCUGUGGGUGUCCUGGGUGUCCAUACUGGUCACCAUUGUCCUCGCCAUCGCUGCUUUCACUGUUUCCAUCAUGCGUCACAGCGCUUCAGCUUUCGGAUUUGCUUUUGAUGCCACGCUGGAUGUGCUGUCCUCUGUCAUUGUACUGUGGCGGUACAGCAACGCCGCGGCUGUUCACUCCGCGCACCGUGAAUACAUAGCCUGCAUUAUCCUGGGUGUGAUUUUCAUCCUGUCCUCCUUGUGCAUUCUGGGUAAGGCCAUCCACGACCUGGCCACCAAGCUGCUACCUGAAGUGGACGACUUCCUCUUCAGCGUGUCCAUCGUCAGCGGCUUGGUGUGUAUCAUCCUGGCUGUGAUCAAGUUCAUGCUUGGGAAGGUGCUCACAAGCCGAGCCCUGAUCACUGAUGGAUUUAACUCUCUGGUGGGGGGGGUCAUGGGGUUCUCCAUCCUCAUCAGUGCCGAAGUGUUCAAGCAUGAACCCAAGGUGUGGUACCUGGACGGGACAAUAGGUGUCCUCAUAGGCCUCAUCAUCCUCGCCUAUGGAGUCAAGCUGCUGCUGGACAUGGUCCCACGGGUCCGACAGACCAGGAACUACGAGCGUUUUGAGUGAUGGACCGCA